GUGCUUGGAGACCCCUUAGACCCCAAAGCACGCAUGGUUCCACUGUACCACUGCGGACCCCAUCUGUUGCAUCAGUGUUGAGGAUAUUGUUAUUAUCUCGUCAGCUGCGUGGAUUUACCACUACGACGUCCGGACGCAGGGAGGAAGAGAGAGCAGGAGAGAUUGCCUGAAGUGAUGUCAGGGGCUAACACCAGCUACUACCAGGAGGCGGCGGAGCUGGCGGUGGGCUACCCCUGCUCCUGCCGGCACAGCAUGGGCGGGCCGCAGUGCAGUAUUGUCACGGUAGUGGUGGGCAGCGUGGCGCGACCAAGCACCGAGGCGGAGGCCAUGUCGGCGGGUCAGGUGGUGCUGGUGGUGGUGUUCAGCACCGCUAUGCCCGUGCUAGUGGUGGAAUUGGUGUUGGUGAUUGUGUGCAUGAAGCGGAAACGCGUACGUGACUGCCCGUGUCGGGAUGAGGAGGCGCGGCGUCAGAACGAGCAGAAUAUGGUGCACAACGCUGUGGGCGCCGUCAACAGUGUCUGGACCACCACAUGAUCUUCUACUCCCUAAACUUCCCCAUCAAGAAACCUCUCAAAACCGUGCCACCGCC